AUGGGGAGCAAAAUCACAAGAUUAAGCGAGGACAAGUUUGAUGAAUACUCGGAAUUGACAUAUUUGUCCAGAAAAGAAAUUAUAAGGGCUUAUGAUAAAUUUAAAAGUUGUGAUCCAAUUGAGUUCUCAAAUAAUCUAGAUGUGAGGUUUGCAAGGGAAAAAAUUAUGAUGCUACCUGAAUUAAGAGUGAAUCCGUUUGCAAAAAGAAUAUGUGACGUCUUUUCAUCUGAAAAAGAUGGUAAGAUAUCUUUCGAAGAUUUCUUGGACAUGAUGUCUUGUUUCUGCGAGCGAGCUUCUAGAGAUGUCAAAGUUGAUUAUGCCUUUAGGAUUUUUGAUUUGAAUGAUGAUGACUACAUAUCACCCGAAGAUAUGAAACUUAUCAUAAGCAAACUCAUAUCACCACAUGAACUCCCUGAAGAACAUCUGCAAUGCAUUAUUGGAAAUAUUCUAAUAGAAUCUGACAUGGACAACGACGGUCAAUUAUCUUUUGCAGAAUUUCAACACCUCAUCUCCAAGUCACCUGAUUUUUUCAAGUAA